CGCCAAGCGCCGCCCGCGGCCAGAGAAGGGAGUAACGGGACUGUGGUCACCGGCCGCCCCAGCCACGCACCAUGCCCUACCUGCUCAUCAGCACCCAGAUCCGCAUGGAGGUGGGCCCCACCAUUGUGGGUGAUGAGCAUUCGGACCCGGAGCUGAUGCAGCACCUAGGAGCCUCAAAGAGAAGUGUCCUGGGAAACAACUUUUAUGAAUACUAUGUCAACGACCCUCCUCGCAUAGUGCUGGACAAGCUGGAACUCAAGGGCUUCCGUGUGCUGAGCAUGACUGGGGUAGGCCAGACGCUGGUGUGGUGCCUGCACAAGGGCUGACCUGGGGGAGCUGACCCGUGUGACCACCAUGUGCCCUGACCCCCGAUCCUUGCAACAUUGUCUGCCCCGCCCACUUUCCUGUCCGCUUCCUCAUCCAACACCGACGGGCUGUGAACGGCCUAAGGAACCUUGCUCCAGUCGGCUGGGCACAGCAGGCCUUCUCCUGGUGCUUUCAGCUCCCACAGCUAGAGGCCUGACCCUGGCUCUUGCUCUAGGCCAUGUGCUGAAGGCAGGCUACCCAGAGAACACUCCCUGGAUCCUGCACAGCUAGUCCAAGCCAAUAAAAUGCUCUCAUGAGUGGAUGGAUGUUCCUCA